UCCCUGCGUGGAUGAGAGUGUCCAGUCCACCGCCUCACUGGGUGAUCUCACACCUGAAUCUGGUAUCACUUCAUGUUCUUCUGAUUGGAUCUUUAGCCGUUUGCAGGUAUGACUAUUAGAACGGCCCGUCCCAACCGGGGACAACACAUCCAGCCAAGAAUCCACUGCCUCAAAAAGCUGGAGGCCAUGGUGGUGGAGAUGCAAAAUGGAGUUAAAGGAACAGCGCAGAAGCUGAACGUUACCAGCAUCCCACAUGUGGUCGCUGGUAGUGACAUAAUUACAUGGAUCACCAACAAGAUGAAGGUUACUCAAGAAGAGGCUGAGGCCUUCGGCACCAUGCUGGUGGCGUACGGCUACGUCUACCCGCUGCAGAACCACAGGAAGUUGGUGAUGUGCAACGACAGCAGCCUCUACCGCUUCCAGACCCCGUACUUCUGGCCGACGCAGAAAUGGGUUGCAGACGACACGGACUACGCCAUUUACUUGGCCAAGAGGAACAUCCGGAAGAAAGGGAUGCUGGAGCCGUAUGAGCAGGUCCAUUACAACCACCUGCAUGACUGGCUCAACCACAAGUGGGACUUCAUCGUGAUGCAAGCUACUGAACAGUACAAAGCCGGUAAGGACAGGCAGAAGCCGGACCGAGUGGUGUUUGACUGCCAGGAGAGAGCGUACUGGAUCGUGAACAGGCCUCCGCGUCGUACUCACAGUGCUCUGGACUGCGGCCCAGAACGGCUCAUCGACCCCAACACGGACGAGAAAACAACCUAUGACCUGUACAGACGAAGGAAUAUGUUCUACCAACAAGCCAUCAUGAGGUCAAAAGUCAAAUCUAGCGUGUCUCUCGGAGCGAUAGUCAAGUACAUCACGGGCUACAAAAACCACGACGCGUUCCUGGCCCCGUGUCUCCCCAGCAACCCCUGGCAGACGGACCACGACGGCUACUGGAGCCUCAACAUGCGCCAAAUUGAAGUUCCCACUAAGAUGCGGGUGGAGCGCUGGUCCUUCAGCCUGUUCGAGCUGCUGACCGACCUGCGGGGCCGAGACGACUUCAAGGUCUUCCUCAAGAAGGAGUUCAGCGGGGAGAACUUGGCCUUCUGGGAAGCUGCUGAGGAGCUGAAGUGGGGAACAGCCUCUUCCAUGAAUACCAAAGCCGAGACCAUCUUUAAGACCUUCCUGGCCCCCGGCGCCCCCCGCUGGAUCAACAUUGACGGCAGGACCAUGGGCCUGACGGUGAAGGGCCUGGAUCAUCCUCACCGCUACGUCCUGGAGGCAGCUCAGACACACGUCUUCUUGCUCAUGAAGAAGGACACCUUCUUCCGUUACCUCAAAUCACCAACAUACAAAGACAUCCAGAAGAAGGCGCUGAACCCGGAGACCCACAACUUCAGCCCGGCCCAGCUGGAGCAGAACGCCGGGAGCCGGAGCCCGGGCAUCCAUCCCCUCAUCCUGUGGCAGCAGGACGAGGAGGAGAAGGCCCGGGCGGCCGCCGCCUCCGCCCCCGUCGACGUGAAGGCCAUGAUGAGCAAGAUAGACCGGAAGAAGUAGAUCUGUGGCGGGAGCAGGUGAACCGGACCCAGAUCUGGGGAAGACCUGGCUCCGGUUCUGCUGACUCAUGAAGACCUGGCUCCGGUUCUGCUGACUCAUGCUCAGAUCUGGUAUUCAGUCGAGGAAAGAAAAACUUCCUGCACCUGAAACUCAGACCAGCAGCUGAACGGAUGAAAAACAACACAGAGCUGUUAACCUUGUACUGUCUUUGGGUCAAAAUGAACUAAUUCUCCUGUUCCUUCUUUCCUCCUCUCUCUCCUUCCUUCCUUCCUUCCUUCCUUCCUUCCUUCCUUCCUUCCUUCCUUCCUUCCUUCCUUCCUUCCUUCCUUCCUUCCUUCCUUCCUUCCUUCCUUCCUUCCUUCUUUUCUUUCUUCCUUCCUUCCUUUCUUCUUUCCUCCCUUCCAUCCUUCUUUUCUCCCUUCCUUCCUUCUUUUCUUUCUUUCUUCCUUCCUUCCUGCUUUCCUCCCUUCCUUC